UCCGCCGACCCCCCGGGGGCCGCUCCUGCCGCCGGCGGCCAUUACGAGCUGCCCUGGGUGGAAAAAUACAGACCCAUGAAAUUAUGUGAAAUAGUUGGAAAUGAAGAUACUGUGAGCAGGUUGGAGGGCCUGACUGGUUCAAUUAAAAAAAAUACAAAAGCAACAAGGUCCAAAAAAAUAAAAGCAGGAGGGAAGAAAAGAACAGGUCUUUGCAAAAGAGGGGAAUGUACCAAAUAUUAUAAUUGCUGGUCCCCCAGGAACAGGUAAAACCACUAGUAUCCUCUGCUUGGCUCGUGCUCUGCUUGGUCCUGCAUUAAAGGAUGCUGUUUUGGAGCUGAACGCCUCAAAUGACAGAGGCAUUGAUGUUGUGAGAAACAAAAUCAAAAUGUUUGCCCAGCAAAAGGUCACACUUCCAAAAGGUCGGCAUAAAAUAAUCAUCCUUGAUGAAGCAGACAGCAUGACAGAUGGAGCACAGCAAGCAUUGAGAAGAACAAUGGAAAUUUAUUCCAAAACAACGCGCUUCGCACUUGCGUGCAAUGCCUCUGACAAAAUCAUAGAACCUAUCCAGUCCCGGUGUGCGGUGCUCCGUUACACCAAGCUGACAGAUUCACAAAUCCUUGCAAGGCUACUGAAAAUUGUUGAGAAAGAGGAUGUACCAUACACAGAUGAUGGACUAGAAGCCAUUAUCUUCACAGCCCAAGGAGAUAUGAGACAGGCAUUAAACAACUUACAGUCCACAUAUUCUGGAUUUGGCUUUAUAAACAGUGAAAACGUCUUCAAGGUAUGUGAUGAGCCUCAUCCUCUGCUUGUGAAAGAAAUGAUACAACACUGCAUAAACGCAAAUAUUGAUGAAGCAUACAAGAUUCUUGCCCACCUGUGGCGACUUGGAUACUCUCCAGAAGAUGUGAUUGGCAACAUCUUCCGUGUGUGUAAAACCUUUCAAAUGCCAGAAUAUCUGAAACUGGAAUUUAUCAAGGAAAUCGGGUACACUCAUAUGAAGAUAGCAGAAGGUGUGAACUCACUGUUACAAAUGGCUGGAUUGCUGGCCAGGCUGUGUCAGAAGACCGCAGCCCCUGCAGCAAGUUAGAUGUUUCCCUGAGCAGAAGCCCACGUUCUGGAAGGUGAAGGUCAGCAGCUCCGCACAUGUCCCGAAUUCUGCGUGCAAUGAGCCUGUUCCCUUGGUUUUACUACAUCGCAAAAAAAUAACCGGGUCCUAUUGUAAGAAUAUUUUGUACUUUUUUAUUUAGAGCAAUAAAGCUUUAAAAUUUACUU